AUGAGGACGGAGUUUGAGAAUCCUAAUUUGUAUGAGUUUUCAGUAUCCAAUGUUACAUUGACCCUACACCCCACGUCCUUGCUGAUAUGUCUGAUCGGAAUCUGGGUCGCGUGUCCUUCGUCAGGAGAACGCCCUAUGGUGGAUCUGACUCAAGGGCGCUUGGUGGGUGUCGAGGUGACCGCAGGGGGCGUAACCUACAAUGCCUUCAGGGGAAUACCAUACGCAGAACCACCUACUGGGGAGCGUAGGUUCAUGGACCCCGUGGCUGCAGGGCCCUGGGAAGGAGAGCGAGACGCCGAGGUCCUGGCACCGGCAUGCCCCCAGGGUGAUUCCGAGGGCCAGGAAGACUGCCUUUACCUUAAUGUUUACACGCCGAAGACCAAAGGAAACGACACCUCUCUGGCCGUCAUGGUGUACAUCCACGGCGGUGCCUUCGUCUUCGGGUCCCUGCAGGAGGUCGACGGCGUGCACGCGCUGGUCGGGAGGGGCGUGGUCGUAGCGAUGAUGCAAUACCGUCUGGGCGUGCUCGGUUUUUUGUCGACGGAGGACUCCAUCGCCCCGGGCAACCUCGGCCUUAAGGACCAGACCCUCGCCCUCCGCUGGCUGAAGGACAACGUCGCUUCCUUUGGGGGGGAUCCGGAGAUGAUAACCCUCUUUGGCGAGAGCGCAGGCGGGUAUUCCGUUCACUGGCAGAUGAUGGCACCCUCGGCUAAAGGUCUCUUCCGAGCAGCCAUUGUGCAAAGUGGCGGCGCCCUCUGCCCGGGAGCCCACGGGAGGAACUACCUGAAGGUGGCGCAGGCGGUGGCCAGAAAGGUCGGCUGCCCUGAGACCCCGUCGGAGGCCCUGCUCUCCUGCCUCAGGGCCCGCGACGCCCAUCAGCUGGCGGCCAUGGCUACCCAGUUCGGCGAAUGGCUGGCUCACCCUCGCACCUUCGCUCCCCGGGUGGAUGGCGAGUACCUACCUGACGAAGCCGUGACGCUGCUGAAGGAGGGGCGCUACAACCGCGUGCCGAUCAUCAUGGGGGUUAACAAGCACGAGGGAGCGCUGUGGAGUAUCGAGUGGUACGCGGAUCCUGUGAUCGGCUCGAACCUCACCCAGAACUUCGACUUCGUUGGGCCAGUCAGCCUCGAGCUCUUCGAGGACGAGGACCCCGAAAUCACGUCGAGAGUAAUCUUCGAGCGGUAUCUCCCAGGCCGCGAACUGACUCAGGGAGAAGCUGAUAACGCCACAGAACUCAACAGCCACCGCUUCUGGCACAUUCCCCUCGACUGGACCGUCCGCCUCACAUCUGCCUUUGCGCCGAUGUUCGUGUACGAGUUCGAACACCGCGGCCAGUUCGGACACAUGGACCGCUACCUCGCGCAGGGCCUCGACUUGCCUCAGGCUGCCUCCUGGGUCAGUCACGCGGACGACCUGCAGUACCUGUUCGAGUGGUCGUGGGGGAGCCUGGUGACCCCGGACGACCUGGCUGUGAGGGACGUCGUCACCACCACCUGGACUAACUUCGCCAAGACGCUCCCUCCCCUCCCCUGCACCUCCCACCGCCCUGCCGCCCGCCCCCUCCCCGCCCAUGUCAUGCUGGACUACCCCAUGCACUUCCCCGGAACGAACAUGACGCUACCGUGGACGCAGACGGGGAUGUCAGCCGCUGUGGUGAUGGUGGCGCUGAUGGUGGUGGGGCUGACGUGCUGUGGCGCCGCGGCCCUCGUGGUAGUGGCUUGCUGCGGCGGCCGCAGGAGGGACGUCGUGGGGGAGAGCGGCGACGCGCGGUGGCUGCCCGGCGUCGGCGUCAUCGACUACGUCCCCGCCUCCAACAGGUCUUCAGUGAGAGUAUCGUUGAUUCUUCCCGAGGAACCGCCCACAGAAGCCUCCCACACUCCCACGGCCUCUCCCCACACGCCCCUCGAGGUCCCUUCCCCUUCUGCAGACGUCCUUCCCACGCCGGAGGACCCCACUACCGCGUCCUCAUACCUGUCUCCUUCUACGGACGCGCCAACGUCCAAACUUCGCAGAGCUUCUCAGGACACAACUGCAGGACUCCCAACCCCGACGCCCUCCCCUUCCUCGUGCCCGUUCUCUUCCCAGCCCACGGACUCGACUCCGGAAUCCACGAGGAACGCCAGCCACCCGAUCACGACGUGGCUGUCGAUAACCACCGAGAUACGCAAAGCCACGAGUCUGUCGCAGCCGAACAAACAUGCUUCCAAAACAACGGAUUCGGCGUCAGCCCUGAAGCCUGCGGUCUCAGCGGCAACGUACGAAGCCACCAACGAAUCACUCGCCAAAAAUGCUCUGUUGCCCCUUGAAUCCGCGAGUGUCACGAGCCCCCUGUCCCCAGCUGAUCAGACGCCGCCCACCGUAGCCCCGUCCUUCAGCAGCCACCCCAACACAAGAAGACACGCGGAGACACCGACCGCACUAACAGCCCUUCCGGCCACCCCACAGAGCCGGCCCUCGCCCCUACCGCCCGCUGCUGCAGGUCAGAGGCAGGGUGGGCCUGCAGGGUCAGCGGUAGAGAGCUCUCCGUCCUGCCAGUCUUCCAGCCCCCGCCGCAGCCCCCAGGUCGCCCUGCCGCAGAGGGAGGCGACAGGGAGAACCAGUACUCCGUCCGGCACGAAGAGAAAAUGUAGACCUACAGCUACUGCCAUGUAAAUGUUGGGCUCAGAUGCUAAUCAAAUCAAACGAAGAAACAUAUCUAU